UAGCCAAUCGGAUUUUUUCAACGAGUUCAAUGCACUUGAAUGCAUUCAGCUGGUAAUUACCACUCCCACUUGGUUGUGAACAGCAGCAUAGGUAUCCGAAUGUCGGGUAGCUUAGCAACGGAUAUGUUUGCAGAGGGCAUUCUAGCCCUGGUCAUUUGAUUCUCACCACAGCGAGACUAAGGGAAGAUUGGAAAAUGUACAAUGCUGAAUUACUUUCGGACCGCAUUGCUACGGCUAGUUUGGAGAGGAGGCGUAAUCGAGAGAUGCAACGUCAAGAUAGGAUUUUCAAUGCUAAAGUUAGAACGAUUGGGAUAGAUAAAGAGGCUCUUGAUUCCCAAGUGAAAGAAAGAAAGAAAAAAGAACAGGCAGAGGCAGAGUCACUUAAAGCAUAUGCUAGUGUCAUAUGUCGCUGGAAUGCAUGCCCUCUAGCUGCAGAUGCAGUGCGCAACGACAAGGCCGCUUGUCUACUUGAUCAAUGCCAACUUAAGGAUGAGCGUCUGCUGCAAGGAGGCAUAGAGGACUUCCGAUUGAACUUCCAGCCGCGGUGGAGUCGGCGAGAGUAUGACUUGAGCAACCCAGACAAAAUUAGAGGUCAGGAGGGGAUCCAGAUGCUGCCGGGGCUGGUGGGUGAGGACCCAGACAGCCAGGGGAGGCUGAAGAAGCAGCAGGAGCAGCUCAGAGAGUGGUCCGUCCAGCAGCAGCAUGAGCUGGCCACAGCGCGACACCAGCAGAGACAGGAAGAGCAGCAGUAUGACCAGGACAGAGUGGACCUGGACAACAAAGCUCUCCAGCUCCAAAGAAUUGAGGAGGAGAGGAGGAGAACCGUAGCCCUCGCUACAAAGAAUUUCAAUCUGACAAAGGCAGCAGAGAAUGCAGAGAAGCGGUGGAAGGAGUGGCAGCAGCAGGAGGAGGACAACAGGACAGACAUCCUGAACCAGCUGCAGGGGGAGCUGCUGCGUGAGAGCCAUGAGCAAGGCAUCAGUGUGCCAGGUCUGCCCCGCCUCAGGCCCGACAGCUACAAGGGCCUCACAGACGAGCAGCUGCGGCACAUCAUCAACUGCCAGCAGCAACAGAUAGAUGAGAAGAGGAGAAUUCAGGCUGAGCAGCAGCAGGAGGAGCUCCAGCAGGACCGGUUCCGUGUGGCCUCGGCUCGAACCGCCCUACUAAUGGAGAGACAGCAGGCCCGCAUCAACAAGCAGCUCCGUCGCACCCAGGAUAACACCAACGCACAGCUGGCUGAGGCCCAUCAUGAACAGAAAAAGUAUUUGGAGAAGGUGUACACUAACAUCCCAGAUGACAGUUACUUCUCCCAGUUCAACACCAGCAGUCGAUAAAGGAUGCCUUACUCUGCCAUGCAUUAUUAGACUAUUAUAGAGAAAUGUUUCUUGUAUUAAAAAGUGAUAAUUUAGAUAAAUGAUUUGUAACAAAGGAAAAAUGAACAAUUCUGUUUUCCUUCCCUUAAUUCAAAACUAUUUCACAACAAAAAAAAUACAAUCAGAAGUCUUCAUAGAAAAGUGUGUCUAUGAAUAAGGCAUUGCCUACUGUUCUGCAUGCAUUUGUCAUAACGUGUCCCUUGUUAAAAUAAGAGUAUCUGUAUAAUGAAUUAAAUCUGUACAAAACAAAUGCACAUUACCAGCAUAAAAUGCUAUUAAAGAAAUCAGACUAGCUGGUCAGUU